GCGGCAGCUCCCGCAGCCAUGGAGGCGCGCGAGCCGCUGCGGGGGCUGCGCGAGGCGCUGCGGGCGGUGCUGGCGCGGGUCCGAGAGGGCGAACCGGGUGAGGGCCGCGAGCCGUUCGAGCUGCCGCGCUUCUGGGACGCGCUAGGUCAGACAUUCAAAGUAACAUCACAGGAAGCUACAAAGCUGAGUUUGGCAUUCUCAAGACCUCCACUGGCUUCAGCAGAGGUCAUGAGGUGGCUUAUGAUGAAAGCAGCUUGCUUCCUGGGUCUUCCUGUUGUGCUCUGUUUCUCAAGCAAGGAGUGCCAGAAGUUGAGUGAAGAUGUCCAAAAAGCCAUUCUUGCAGUUGCCACAGUGUAUUACUGGCUCCCCAAGGGCCGAGGUACUACUCUUCGGAAGAUGGUACGAGAUGCUACCACUGAAGUAGUGGAAGGAAUGAUCCAACUCACAGAAACAAUUCUCAGUGCUCCAUUGGAGAGCUUGUCUCAGGAUCAGCUUAUAUCAACUGGUGGUGUGUGGGAGGCAUGUGAGCAAGUGUCCAACUUGCCACGAGAUAACCAGGCAGCAGUUGUAUCAGCUCUGACUGCAUGUCUAGGUGUGGUCAAAGAUGCUCUGGAGGAGAUGGAACAUGCUCUGGUGGAAGGGCAGGACCCUUACGGUGACAUCAUGGAAGAUGAAGAGCUGGGCCUGCGAGGCAACAGAGACACGUACUGGUCAGAGGCCGACAGGAAGCUGCUGAGCUCCUGCAUGGGAUUGAUGAAGGCUUCAAAAGCUUGCCUGAAGAAGGUGUUGAGUGUAGUGAAGGCUUAUGGCAAAGCUGAUUCUCCAGAGCAGAUUGCUCAACUUGAUGAUCUUGCAGACAUUGCUUAUGAGAUCAGUCCAAGUGUUGAUGAGCUUGCACUGAGCAUGUAUCCACCUGUGAACCAGUUGGCUGUGCGACUCCAUGCUGCUAAGUUGGCCUCGGUGUUAAAGAAAGUCUUAGAGAUUACAAAGACAAGCCAUGUCUGUCCACCAUCAGAGGAAGGCUGGGUGCAGUUUCUAACUGGUGCAGUAGAUCACAACAUGAACAAAAUCAAGAACUUCACACAGGGUCAACUUUAGCUCUUCCAUGUCUACAUCUGUUGCUGCCACUGCUGCUGGCAUAUGCUUUUCCAGUGAAUCUCUCUGUUCUCCAGCUACUGGGAGAAUGAUGGGAACAGGUUUUUUUUGGGAUAACUUUACUGCCACUUCGUAAAGCUUUCCCAAGAAAUCACUUUUUGCCAUUCCAGGAGGUGUUAUUUUGCUUGGAUUCCUGGGAUGUGCAGUGCUGCAUCUUAGUUCUGUGAAUGCACCCUAUUUUUCAGAUAUGGGGUUCAAAGAAUAAUAAAAUAUUGCUAGAAUUGCAUGAGUGACUUUAUCUGUUUUCAGGUGGUAGGGUGUAUCUAUACAGAAGGAAAGGGUCUUGCUUCCUUUGCAACCAGCCCAAUGAACCAUUAAAAAAUAGGCAGCAGUGCUGCUGUUUGCUGUCUAACCUUAGAGAAGAGUGAAGUAUAUUUCUCUUUUCUGUUUCCUCAGAAAGCAGUAGAAAAUAUUUGCUACUUUAUGAAGGAUUUUUAGUGGAAUAAGACUAUAUAUCCAGAUAAAUGCUACAUCUCUCAUCACUUUAAAGUUCUAGAAUAUCCUUUUUUUUUGUCAUGGGUAGGGAAAAAUUAUUAAGCAGUGGUGGGUUCAGCACAUAUGCAUGGUGAGAAAUGCAGCAUCUGCUUCAGCAUUUAGCCCAUCUUUGUCACAGUGAGGUUCAGCUUACAAAACUGGAGAGUGGGCAUAGUGGCAGGUGGGAGAGAGUUGGGUUUGUACAAAUAAUCAAAGUCAGGCAUGAUUUUAAUGUAACUUUAAUUAAACUGUUAACAUCUAUACUUGCCUAAGAUCAGAGCAUGGAUCACAGCCACUGUUUUGUGAGCAGGUCAGCAGAAGGUGUUCCAAGCUGGGUAUCAGAAAGCUGCAAUGUCAAUAGUUUUGUAGCUCUUCAGGUUCUGGAGUUGAAGGCAGGUAAGAUGUGCAGUGAGUCUUCUUGGCCCUGGUUGGGUGGGGGUGAAUGGGAUUUUCAGCUGUUGAAUGCUUUUAGGUUGCACCGAGCCCAGCCUGAAAGGUGAGAAGGGAUUAUAACAGGAAGAUUAUAACAGGAAGGUAUUUAUAGUUCCCAGGGCCCAGGAGAUGGAUUUGCUAGACAGAAAUGUGGUGCCAAAAAAAGGAAAGGAAAAAAAAAACACAACACAAAACCAGAAGGCUAGCAGUUAUCUAAACUACAACGAUGGAAUUGUGAUCUGACAGUAGUUUGGGAGUGAGAUACAUCAGGAGGGUUGAACUCCCCAUGGAAGCAUCUCAGGUUACCUUGUCCUAAUACAGCUUCUUGAGAGAAAUGUGGAGGUUUUUUCAUGUGAAGGAGAGCGUGCCUUUUUGGAUGACUGUUGGCUAAGUCAGGUUUGCUGGGUUCUUCAGUAGAGAAGGGAAAGAUCCUGUUCAAAUUGUACCCAGGGACUGUCUUUAUUGCUGACAGUGGGUAAUGGGUGGAAAGACAGAUCACAAACAGUAUAUUUUAACCCACUUUAGGGCUGUUCAGUUGGCUAGCAAAAAAGCAAUUGAUUUCACAAAAGCAAAUAAUUUCUAAUUUUCAUAGCUCGUGUCAGUCACCUGUAACUUAUUUUACUUAAUGUGUAUUUCUGCCUAAGUCUUGUGGUACUUCUCUUGUACCUUCUCUUGUACCAAAACCAAUCUUUUUGUUGCCAGGUAUUUUUCCUUCUGCUGUCUAUGCCUAUGGGUUGAAGCUUUCACAAAUGUCAUGCUGCCUUCAGCUGACAUAAUACACAUCUGUUGAAAGUUCUGUUAUGUGGCUUUUCUUCUUUUCAGUGUGAAAACAUUCUGUAUGAUCUGUAAAUAAAGGAUGGGAUGCCUGGGG